AUGGCGAUCAAUUGGAUCCUACUCAUCAGCCGUCAAGGCAAGGUUCGUCUUGCCAAAUGGUUCACCACCAUGUCGCCCAAGGCAAAACUCAAGAUCACAAAAGAUGUCACGCAGCUUGUUCUGGCGAGACGAACAAGGAUGUGUAACUUUCUUGAGUACAAGGAUAGCAAAGUGGUCUAUCGACGAUACGCGUCGCUCUUUUUUGUAACUGGAAUUAGUCAAGGUGACAACGAGCUGGUAACACUCGAGAUCAUCCAUCGAUAUGUCGAGGUGCUUGAUCGGUAUUUUGGCAACGUUUGCGAGCUCGACCUCAUCUUCAACUUUCAAAAGGCAUAUGCAAUUCUCGACGAGCUCAUCAUUGCAGGCGAAAUGCAAGAAUCUUCCAAAAAGUCCGUGUUGCGGACCGUCAGUCAGAGCGAUUCGAUCGAAGAAGCAGAGCAGUCAGAAGAUUCGUUGGCGAGAAUUGGCAGCAGGUCAGGUUAA